UGCCAGAUGGCCAGUCCACCCCUGUAUAUAUAUAUAAAUAUAUUAAUACUAAGACAAGAAGGUGAUAAGACAGGAGCCAUUACAAAAUUAAAGAUCAGAUGCUGCAAGAAUGACGCAAUUAAAAAUCCACCGAAAUGAAACGUCCUGUUUUUAUUUAUCGAAAUAAAUGAUCGCAAAACUUCAUCAUCAGUAGGUUGUUUUAUCACCAUAACAACCAGAUGCUAAGAUUUGAAAUAUUAUUUUGAUUGACAGGGACACUCUCCCAAUACCUCCUUUGAUGCUUUGAUGAACAGCAUCAAAGUUGUUAUUUGGAUUGGAGACCUCUGAUUGGCUGUUGAUUGCUUUAAAUACUGUUCAAGUUUAAGACAGUUGCUGUUGCACUCUGACCUUGACUGAGACAUAAAGCCUUUUGACUUCAAGUUCCAGACAAGAAAGGAAAAUAGUGCAUCAACUGUUCAAACAGCUUCUUCAAAAGAUCGAUCUACUCUCUGUGGUGAACCAUGCAGAAACCAGACGUUGUGACGGCCCUCAAUGCCGAACUCCUCACAGCCUACAGGAGGAUUCUGGCUCUUAAGGAGGAGGUGUGGCAGCUGAAAAACCAGCUUCAAGACAGUGAUGUCAUAAAGAUGGUUUUGGAGAAGGAGAAGGAGGAGGAGAAGGAGAAGGAGAAGGAGAAGGAGCAGGAGAAAGAGAAAGAGAAGGAGAAGGAGCAGGAGAAAGAGAAAGAGAAGGAGCAGGAGAAGGAGAAGGAGAAGGAGAAGGAGACCCAGGCCUUGAAGGAGAAGGUGGAGCAGCAGGAAAACCAGCUGAAAGAAAAAGAUUGUGUCAUAAAGAAGGAGGUGAAGAAACGGCGCGCUCGCCUCAGGGCCUACCUUGACUGCCUUGCUGAGCUGACUGUCUCUCAGGCCAAGAAUAAGAUGAUGGAAGCAAGUCUGCUCCAGGAGCCACCCCAGGAGGAGAAGGAGAAGGAGAAGGAGAAGGAGGAGAAGGAGAAAGAGAAAGAGAAAGAGAAGGAGAAGGAGAAGGAGAAGGAGAAGGAGAAGGAGAUCCAGGCCUUGAAGGAGCAGGUUGAUCAACUGCACCUUCAGCUGAAAGACAAAGACUGUGUCAUAAAGAAGGAGGUGAAGAAACGGCGUGCUCGCCUCAGGGCAUAUCUUGACUGCCUUGCUGAGCUGACUGUCUGUCAGGCCAAGAAUGAGAUGAUGGAAGCAAGUUGGCACCAGGAGCCUGCGACAACAAGGAGCAGUGAGGUGGAGGUCAAGAAGGAGAUGGAGAACGAGAAGGUGCUCGCUUCAAGGCCUAAAGGAGACGAAACUGCAGCAGGAGACAACACCAACUAUGGGACUGAGCUGCAGAAAGGAGGAGGCUGAGCUGAGCUGGAGGAGAGAGAAGAGGUGGAGAAGCCCCCGCCCUCACCCUUUUCCUACUCUUAAAACAAACCCCUCCCCUGUCCCCCUUUCUAUAUAUUUGAAAUAAUCUAAUGAUGUGUUGUAAAUAUGUUGAACUUUUUGAAUAAAUAUGACUAGUACAGUAA